GUAGAGUAGUAGGAGGAAUGCUUUUCAUUUUCUAUCCAAUCUCUUCCUUGGAUUGCGAAGGCGGAGAAUAGCUCCUAGCCUUUUUCUAAGAAGCCGCAUGCCAACCUUAACCUUCUUUUACUACAAUUCUUUCUUGCUUUGACUUGUAAUCGGAUUCAGAUGGCGGCCGAAGAACCCAAAUCAUGGGAUGAAUUAUACAGCAUAGAUUUGAUGCCAUCGGAGUUGUUUUUGAAGUUUAGGGAACAAAUUCAAGGGUUUCGUGUUGGUCUUAAUUUGGAGUUCUACAAUGCCCCAACCAACGAAUGCCAGGCAAAGCUGGUUUUGAAGCCUUUAUCACAUGACCGAAGAUGGAAAUUCAUUUACGAGCCUUUGCAUCAUGAUGUUCGCCUUGUUUCCAAGAAGAUCCCACUAACCAAAUUCCUCAAUCUCCAGGUAGGAAUUGGUCAUAGUUUUCAGUUGCAUACAACUGGUUGGAAAUGGAAGCUGACUACUUGUUUAGGUGGGGACGGGGUAUCUCGCAUUCGGAAUAAGACCUGUCUUGGUUUGUACCCUGGUGUAGAUUUGCGUUUCGGAUGGAGGGCAGACUAUGUUCUUCCUGAAUUUACAGGAGGUGUAGGGACUGGUGAACCAUUAUUUAACAUGAACUCUGGUCGAUUAGAGGCAUCCCUUGACAGGGUUGAGACCAUUUUAACCCAUGGUUGCUCCUCAAAUGAUCAACUCAUCCUGGAAUCACCACCAAGUUGAAUGCGUUUGUUGUUCAUCAGCUGCUUCUUGGCUCUAAGGAAAGACCCAGAUGCUGAAAUUGGCAUAUAUGGUUUUGGCCAACUCAAUAUACUUGUUCAUAUAUCUAUCAAAUGUUUUAGGAGGUCCAUCACUAUCUGUAUAUUUUGGAAUUGGAAAGCUGUUUGUAUGGUAAAGGAAUAUAAGAAGGUGAGAAACUCAGACUGGUUAUUGCUUGUAAUAACUAUGCCCUACUUCCACCCUC